AUUGUCAUUUAUUGAGACGCACAUAUACUUUCACUUCUGUUCAAAACCUGUCUGAGUCUGUUUGACCUAGAUACAAGUGACGUCAUGCUCAGAAUAAAUUCCCAUUGGCUCAGAUGAAGGUUUGUUCAGCGUCACCUCUUGUUUUCUCCUCAUUUCAACUCUGAUUGUGGAGCAGGAAGGAUGAUCUCUGUUUCUCUCUUCAGACAAACCCACAAAGCUUCACUCUGGUAAAUCUUCAGACGGUCACAAUGCAGAUCUUUGCUGCUCUGGUUCUCCUGGGAACCGCCCUGCAUGGCGCUGCACCAAUGACUCACUCUAUGAAGCAUUUCAUCACUGGAUCGUCUCAAGUCCCAAACUUCCCAGAGUUUGUGACUGUUAGUUUGGUUAAUGAGAUUGAGGCACUGCACUAUGAUAGUUACAGCAGGAAAAUAGCAACCAAACAGGAGUGGAUGAUCAGAGUCUCAGAAGAUGAUCCUCAGUACUGGCAAUUUCUGACUGAGAAUCGAUUUGGUGUCCAGCAGUCCUUCAAACACAACAUUGAAGAUUUCAAGCAGCGCUUCAACCAAACUGGAGGUGUCCACAUACUCCAGGUGAUGCAAGGCUGUGAAUGGGAUGAUGAGACUGAUGAGGUCAAAGGUUAUGAUCAGUACGCUUUUGAUGGAGAAGACUUCUUAUCAUAUGACCUGGAGACGGAGACAUGGGUCGCUUCAAAACAACAGGCUCUCAUUACCAAACACAAGUGGGAUAAUAAUAAAGCUAUGAUGGCUCAGUACAAACACUACUUCACCCAGAUUUGUCCUGAGGAGCUGAAGAAGUUUGUGAAGUUCGGGAGGAGCUCUCUGCUGAGAAAAGACCUUCCCUCAGUGUCUCUCCUCCAGAAGACUCCCUCCUCUCCAGUCAGCUGCCACGCUACAGGUUUCUACCCUGACGGAGCCAUGAUGUUCUGGAGGAAAGAUGGAGAGGAGCUUCAUGAGGACGUGGACCUCGGAGAGAUCCUCCCCAACCACGAUGGAUCCUUCCAGAUGAGUGUUGACCUGGACCUCUCAUCAGUCAAACCUGAAGACUGGACCAGGUACGACUGUGUGUUUCAGCUGGUUGGUGUGAAGGAGCACAUCUUCACCAGACUGGAAGAAGAAAAGAUCAGGACCAACAGAGAGAAACCCACUGACAAGAACGUCAUCAUCAUUGCUGCAGUCGUUGUUCCUCUCGUCCUCCUCCUCCUCGCUGUGAUUGGAUUCAUCGUUUACAGAAGGUGCAAUGGGAUGCUUUAAGGCAGCCAACUGUAAGUCAUCUUCUGAAAACAACUCUGAGUUCUCUGAGAAACUGAAUUGUGGAAAAGACAACCCUGAAGGCCAAACACACAACCCUGCACAAAGUGGGCUGCUUCAGGAGACAUGAACUUUUCACACCUGCUGUUAAACAAAGACGCCUUCAACUUUGUGUAAAACAACUUCUGUCAUUGUUUCUUAUUCAGCUUUUGUGACACAAUCUAGCUUUGAAGAACAUAUUUGACUUUAUACAGAUUUUCCAUAACAAAGUUGAGAUUUUAAUAAAAGUGUGAAGAGAAAGACACAGAUUCUUUCAGAAACCUUCACAUCAGCAGAUCAGAUAAAGUGUAAUAUUAAAAAGUCAAAUAUGAACCUUAAGAAAAACAGUGACACCAAAUCACUGAAACAAUGUUGAAAAAAAUCAAAAAGAAAUAAUUUGUUUAAAAAGCAUAUUAGCUAAAUGCUUACAAAAUGUUCACACUAGUUAAUGAAUCAUGGAUAUUUGAGGUCUAAAUGAAGCUGUAAAUAUGAGGCUUUGUGGAAUUUUACUCUCCAAACCUCUAUGGUAAAUAAUUCAGAUUUUUAUAUAUAUAUUUUAUAU